CUACCAACCUCCUUGGGGAUGCUGAAGAAAUGAGCAUAUGACCUGCAAAAGCUCAGACUGGGUGGAGAUCAUCGAGCCCCGCUCCCAGGAGCGGAUGUACGUCAACCUGACCACCGGUGAGUGUGGCUGGGAGCCCCCUCCCAACCUGAAGGUGCGCCAGUCGGACCAGAAGCAGUGGUGGGAGCUCUUCGACCAGAACAACAACCGCUUCUACUACUACAAUGCUAUCACGCAGCAGACGGUGUGGCACCGGCCCCAGGGCUGUGACAUCGUGCCCUUGGCGCAGCUCCAGGCCAUGAAGUGCAGCUCCCAGCCUGACUGCCAGGGCCAGCAGCACCGGGGCAGCAUUGGCAGUGACAGCAGAAGCACCCCCAUCCAAAUGGCCCUCCUGCAGGAGAUGGAGAAGGGCAAGGGGGACUGCGCUGUGGAGAAGAGGAAAGACCCUGGCAGGGAGACUCCUACCCACUGGCAGCCUCUGCCAGGUACGAAAGCAGCCAUGUUGGUCAAAGUGAACAGUUUGAGGCAGAUACAGAGCUCUUCAAACAGUUUGCUUCAGCUGCAGAGUGCUCCAGAGGCCAACAGCCAAAAAUCCCUUCCAAAACCAGCCAUAUAUGCUCAGCCUCAAUCCACGACCCAGAACCCUGGAGCCACAAAGCAAAUGCCUACAGGAGAAACGAAGCAGUCUAUGCAGAUCAAAAAGAUGGAGAAUGGUGGGUUUUGCCUAGUGCUGAUGAAUGGUCCAACUUCUCAAACACCUUUAAGGAGCCAGACAGGAACCCCCCAGCCUGCAUCCCCCAAGUAUGCCUCCCCUGCACCUAUAUAUGAUGAGCCAUCUUUAGAGUCUCCAAUUUAUGAUGAGCCACCAGUAGAUAUGGACACUGAAAGCAUCAGUAUGAGUGGGAUGUCUCCACCAAGGUCACCAAGCAAUAGCUUAAAAAAGCAGCUGCAAUCAACCAAAUUAUUACAGCAUCCAGGUAUGCAACAGCAGCAAGCUGCCAAGAAGCAUGCAGGAAAUCCCUCUUCCACUGAAUACAGUCCAGCUGGCAGAGAAUAUAUAAAACACAUGGUCAAUGUUGACCAGUCUUCCAAACUCUCCCACUCUUCUGCUGCAACAGCUGGUGCCUCUAAACUGCCUGGUCAGCUUACUUCAAAGGACAGCUUCAAGCAGUCUUGGAGGAUCUUGGAAGCCAAUGUCCUGAAGAACAUGGAAGCCCACCACAGUCAGCAGAACAGCCUGCAAACUCAAGAGUACCCAACCAGUAUAAGCCACCAGGAUUCUGGUUAUUCAACUGGCCCUUCUCCAAGCUUGAGAAAAAGGAAAGGAAGGAGGCAAGGGACAGGUCAAGGAAGACCUGGCUCUGUGGGCAGCAGCAGUGAGCUCACAGCUUUGAAUGAUAAGCUGAUUGCCGAGAUGCGUGCUGUGGUGGGCAGGUCAGCAGCUUGCAGGGGAAGCAAAGCCAGCCUCGAUGCUGAAAGUCUGGAGAGUGGCAUCCCAGCAGAGAGCAGCAAAGUCAGAUUUCAGUCUGACCACUUGAAAAAAUGCAUCAGCCGGAGCUCAAGGGAUGACGUCUCAGCUAGUAAUAGGUCUCUGUAUAGACAGGGCCUGGAGAGCAGGGGCAGCUUUCCCAACAAUGUAGCUGUUCCACAGGAUGCAGUGAGGCAGAAGAGGACUUUUGAGAAAAUAGAUUCUUUAGAAAAGAACGUGCCCAGCCAGACAAGUUCAGCCUCAUCAGAUGCUACACGCCACUCCUCCCAGCCUGGGACAAUAGAGUUGGACUCCAAGCAGGAGAGCAGCGGCCAGCCUGGUGGCUGCAUAGGAUAUAAUUUCCCUUACAAUACUCUACGGAAGCCCAUCUCCCAGAGCAGCAUGGCAGACUGGGCUUCUAAAAACCUGAACAUGCACACGCAGGGCAUCUUCCGCCGAAGGAUCUCCAUCUCCAACAUGCUGUCCUGGAAUGGUGGCUCUAUCAAGAAGCCAAUGCUCAUCACUAGCAACCGCACGAUCAAAAAAGAGGCAUGUGAGAUGUUCAAACUGGUGCAGAGCUACAUGGGAGAUCGUCAGACUCGCAUGGACCAGAAUCACGUGGCGUUGGUCACAGUCACCAAGUGCUGGAGCAUGCAAGGUUUACGGGAUGAGCUCUACAUACAACUGAUCCGGCAAACAACAGAUAAUACAUGCUACCGAAGUCUGGCAUGGGGCUGGGAACUGAUGGCCAUCAGUCUGGCCUUUUUCUCCCCGUCACCAAAAUUUCAAUCUUAUCUUGAAGGUUACAUUUAUCGCCACCUUGACAGUGAUGAAAACAUUGCCCAGCGCAUCAAGGAGCUUGUGGAUCUGAAAAACAAGAAGAACUCAAAAUCCAGGAAAAAGAGAAAACAAAACACUGAGGAUGAAGGUCUGCCCAUCAGCACUUACGCCAAAUACUGCUACCGGAAACUCCAGAAAGUAGCCGUCACUGGAGGCAAAAAGGGCCUCCGUAAACCGACAGUGGAAGAGAUAAUGCAUGCCAGGAAUGCCAUUGUGACGCCAUCGCUCUUCGGCAGCUCUCUGGAGGAAAUCAUGCUGCGGCAGCAGGACAUGUACCCAGGUAACAAGCUGCCCUGGGUGCAGACGCAGCUAUCGCAGCAGGUCCUGGCUCUGGGAGGAGAACAGACGGAGGGGAUUUUCAGGAUACCUGGUGACAUAGAUGAAGUCAAUGCAUUGAAGUUGCAGGUGGAUCAGUGGAGAAUCCCAAGCAGCCUCAGUGACCCCAACAUCCCAGCCUCUCUCCUCAAGCUCUGGUAUCGGGAGCUGGAGGAGCCCGUGAUCCCCCAGCAGUUCUACAAAGAGUGUAUCAGCAACUAUGAGAACCCUGAUGCUGCCGUGGCUGUGGUGCAGCUUUUGCCGGAGCUUAACAGACUGGUGCUGUGUUACCUCAUACACUUCCUGCAGAUCUUUGCUCAGCCAUCAAAUGUGGGCAGAACGAAGAUGGAUGUGAAUAACCUGGCCAUGGUGAUGGCCCCCAACUGCCUGCGCUGCCAGUCUGACGACCCUCGCAUUAUCUUUGAGAACACACGCAAAGAAAUGUCCUUUCUUCGCAUGCUGAUAGUGCACUUGGACACGAGCUUCAUCAAAGGGCUGGUUUGAGCCGCUGGCCCUGGCGUCCAAAACAUUGCUCUGGGGAGUUGCUGGGUGCCUGAAGUCUUCUCCACUUAGGUUUCUUCCAUUGUCUUUGCUGUUGUCACACCCUGGGUUAGCCCCUGAGCAUCUCCCAGCAUAUGACCUCAAGGACAAGGACUAGACACUCCUGGAAGGCUCGAGCUGUUCAGCACCAGGAAGUCCUUGGGCAUGCCAGGCCAGAUUCAGUGGUUCCUGGCCUUCCAGCGUGUGUCAGAGGGGAGCAGCCCUCCCCCUUGGAGCCACAGGACUGGUUGCUCAUUGAAAGGGCUGUGACAUCUGUGAGAAACCGCUGCCUGGGGCAGUGAGACUCUCCAUCUCCCUUCUGGAGGCAGAGUUGGCUUCAGGUAGGAGGACAUCACUCUUGUGUUGUGGCAUAAGCUGGUCCUGGGGAGAUGCUGCCUCAUUGGGGAUAAUCCCAGUGCUAUGGAGCCAGCCUGGUUCACCUCUGCAGACUGUUGGUUGGAGGUGUGAGGGUUGUUCUGACACCCCACGAUGCUGUGGGUAGAGGGAUGUGAAGGUGCGGGUGGGUUCGCUGAGGCAGAGAGGUUCCUUGGACUGCGCUGGUCAGUGGAAACACAUUGCAGCCCAGGGAGAGGAGAUGUUUGAGCCUCUGCUGCUGGUGGGCAGGUAGGCAGACAUCCCACAGCUGGGAGCCCUGGCAGGCCAGAUCCACACAUCAUCCACCUCACCUUCUUUAGGCGGCUUCAGAGCUGCACAGCAGCAUGUGGUUAGCAUGUGGGACCAGCCCUGUGCUGAGCUGAACUAGCACCCACCCAUGCCAUGGAAGCUGGGGACAAGAGGAAGGCCAUGCACCUGACAACAGACAGAUAAACAACCUCUUUGGCAUCCUCCUAACGAGGGCUGUAUC